AUUGUCUGUGAUGGCGCCAGCUAGGCCAGUGGCGAGGUGGCGGACUGGGAGUUUGGGGACCGGUGGCGAAGGGGCUUCUCUGGUAGGAUUCAAAAGUAAGAAGGUGAAACAGAGGACGUGGCGGCCUAACGGGCUGCAAGCCCGCGUGGGUAGCAUUCGCGAGGGACAAGGCUUUGCAUUUCGAAGAAAACUUAAGAUUCAGCAAAGUUACAGGAAAUUAUUACGGAAGGAAAAGAAGGCUCAAACAUCACAGGACUCCCAAUUCACAGAUCAAUACCCAGAUCAUCUGAAACAUCUCUAUUUAGCUGAAGAGGAAAGACUCAAGAAGCAACUAAGAAAAAUUGACAAGCCUUUGUUAGAAGAAGUUGAUCGACUUCUUCCUGAAGAACAGUGUAGCACUGACCAGGCUUGGUCUAAAGAUCAGUGUAGUACUCACCAGCCUCAGCCAGAAGAACAGUGUAGCCAACCAGUAAAUUCCAUUACAAUUCCAAAGAAAAAUAAAAAGAAAACUUCAAAUCAGAAAGCACAAGAAGAAUAUGAACAGGUACAAGCUAAGCGUGCUGCCAAGAAACAAGAAUUUGAGAGAAGAAAACAAGAGAGAGAAGAAGCUCAAAAGCUCUACAAAAAAAAGAAAAUGGAAGUAUUUAAAAUAUUGAGCAAAAAGACUAAAAAGGGCCAACCAAACUUGAAUUUACAAAUGGAAUAUCUUCUUCAAAAAAUACAAGAAAAAAAAUAAAUCAGACAUCUGUCUUUCAGGGGUAAAAUAUCUGCUUCAUGUCUUUUGGGUUCUUUUUUAUAUGUAAUGGGUGACUUAAAACACUGACACUUGUCAACAUUAACUAGAUUGCUAAAUUAUAUAUAAAAUACCCCAAUAUACUGUUUUUAUAAAAUAAAAUUUUCUAUAUGUGCUCU